AUGGCACCUCUCAUUCCCAUUUUUUCGACGGCGGACCUCCCCGAUCGCGUGCAAAUCAUCCAGAACGGCUUCAAAGAAAAACGGCGCAAAGGCGACCCUGUUGAUCUGCACAAAUGCGAAUUGAUGGAACUCGUGCAGUACUCAUGCAACCCGCCUUCAGAAGGUAUCCAGGCUCCCGGUGUUGUGAAAUGCAAGCCGAUUGUGAGGCUUUUCCGGCGGUGUGCGGGUGGUCCGACGGUAGAAACGACGAGUUGGGAA